AGGCUUUGCGUAGGCUGAUGCUUGGUAAUAUGGCCCAAUCGGCCCAUGGUUUACCAUAUAAGAGGAGAAGAAAGGAGCGUCUCGUUCCAUUCCCCAAUCUCGCCGCCGCCGCCGCCGCCGCUUCGUCGAGUCCCGCUGCAGUUCGUCCGGAUCCGGAAGAAAGAAGAGGAGGAGCAAAUUCGGACAGAUGAAGGCACGGCAGUUGGUGAACGUGGUGAUGCGGAGGUACGGCAUGGGCAGCAGCCUCUAUGCGGUGAGCCGCAUCAAGCCCGAGGAGCAGCUCUUCUACCCAUCUACCAAGGAGGCGCAAGCAUCCAGCACGGGGGAGAUGGAGACCAUCUCCAUCUCCAGGAUGCCCGCGCCCAGCCUGAGGCUGGAGCUCUCCGUCUCCAAGGAGGACAAGAGGCUGGAUUUCCUGCCUUUCUACGAGCGCGGCAGCGGCGGGCACAGCAAGAUCCUCUGCGUGGACGCCGAGGGCCGCACCGUCCUGUACGACACCGACGCCGGCCUCCUCCACUCGAUGCCCUGCCUCGGCACCCCCAAGGGGCCCAACCCUGUCUCCUUCUCCAUCCUGGACAGGGAGCCCCGGGAUCCCGGGCGGGCGGACGCCUUGUACGUCAUGGGCAGGUGCUGCGACUACUUUGACUUCGAGGCCCUCAUGUAUUGCGACCCCUCCAGCGGCAGGAAAGGCUGGCGGUGGCAUCAGCUCCCGCCGCCGCCUGUGCCUCGCGCCGCCGCCUCCGCCGUCGGGUGCCACGCGCUCAUCCACGACGAAGGCGACCCCAUCCUCGUCGUCUCGUCCGCCAAGACGAGCGGCGUUGGCACCCACUGCUUCAACACGUCCACCAAUAGGUGGUUCAAGGCUGGACGCUGGACGCUGCCUCUCGUCGGCCGCGCCGAGCGUGUUAGCGAGCUCGACAACCUCUGGUUUGGCAUCGGCGGCGGCUGGCCCUACGACCUGUGCGCGAUGGACCUCUACUCCCUCCGCGCCGCCGGCGCCGAGGCUCCGGGGCUGGCGUACAGCUGGGGAGACCUUAGCCUGCCGGACGACUGGGUGAUGAUGGACUGCAGCAUGGUGUACCUGGGCGGCGGCAAGUUCUGCGUCGCGAAAAUCUUUGAGUUCUGCGUCGGCGAUGACCGAUUGGGGAUGGGUGCUGUCAUCUCUGGCUUGGAGGUGGUGCGCCGCGGCGAGCCAUCCAAACUCGUGAUGGUCAAGCACAAGUCCAAGUUCUACAAGUUUACCAGGGAUGAGAUCGAGUGUAUCCUCUAGAACAAUGCUAAGUAGUACUAGCAGGGGAGCAAACAAUUUCUAGACGAGUGCUAUGUGAUGUGAGGAUUGACUAGUUUCUUGUACAGCAGCACUUGUGUGCGAUUUGAUUUGGUUGUAAUGUAAAUUUCCUCCUGCUC